UACAAUAUAUGCAUAGGACAAAUUUCUUAUGUCGAGAAAAUAUAUACACUAUUCUUGAAUGCUGACCAUUUGGGCAUGGGGUCCACGCUUUCAAUGCACAAACCCGAGAAGAAUCUUGGCUGUUCUUUGCAUCAAAUAACAACCAACCAACCAUCUCCCGCAUUAUCAAAUAUUUCGUGGCCUCCUAUCGAACUCAACUCCAACAUCACAACCAAACGCACCACAUCCUUAAUUAAUGCCCACAAAUAUCAUGUCCUGAAAAUGUUAAUGUUAUGCUUCUUUGUUCCUCUCAUCUUCAGAUUUGGCAGCACAAGGUUCAUUUCUCGUGAUGAUGAUGGAGGGUAGAGGGAGAUUUGGGUCAGUGAAAGCAGCCAUUGAUAUGUACGGAGAAAGGAUUCUUGAAGGCAACACUGCACUCGAGAAAUCCCAUAUAAAUUCUUCAGAGAUAAGAAAGCUUCACGUGGCGAGAAGAGACGCGGGGCGGUUCAGCGAGAGCAGAAGAGUUGCAGAGAGUGUGAAAUCCCAAGCAGAAACCGAGCUCUCAGAUGCGAAGAAGACAGUGAAAGAUUUGUCAGCAAGGAUUGAAGAACUGAAUUCAAGGCUAAAGCUCCGGGCUGCGGACAUGGAGAAACUGAAGAAGGCGAAAACCGGGGGAGCGAGUUUUGGGAAGACAGACUACAAUGGGUACGCGAAAGUGAUGAAGGAAUUGGGAGACGCGAAGCGAGAAAUGAAUAAACUCAAGCAAGAUAUGGCUGCAGUUUCAGAGGAAAAAAGGAGGGCUGUGGAAGAAGUGAGUGGUUCAGGCUCAAAAAUGCAGUAUUGUUCAAGUACAAUUGAGGGUUUACAGAGGGAGAUCGAGGAGAUCAAUGAAGAGAUUGUGGUUGUUGAGUUGGCUCGAAUUGAAGCCAUUAAAGAGUGCAGAGCCAUUGAAGCUCAGAGAGCAGAAGAAGCCAAGAAACACUCUGUUCUGAUAGAGAAGAUGAGGGAGAAGAUUAAUGGUUUGAUCCAACAGACUGACAGAGCUGUAAAGCUUGAAACAGCACUUUCUGCUGCAAAUUUGGAUGCCAAGAUCUUAGAGAGUGAACUGAAACAAGUGAGGGAAAUGGAUAAAAGUAUUCAGAGAAAUGCUAAGCCUAAUCUCGAGGAAAAGGAAUCCGCGGAAUUGGAGUCAAUCAACAAGGAACUUGAAGCAGCAAAGAGGGCAUUAGCUUCUGUUAAGGAAGAAGGCUUCAAGUGCAUGGCUUCCAUGGAUGACAUAAGAAAUGAGCUAAAGCGCGUAUCAGAAGAAAAGGCUCAAUGCAAGAAGAAAAACGAGAAGGGGGAUGUAACAAUUCAGAACCUGAACGCGAAGCUCCUUAGAGCGAAAGCCAAGCUGGAGGCUGCAUCUGCAUCUGAAGAAAAAGCCAACUCCAUCGCCUCAAAUUUAUCCCUCACUCUUGAGCAACUAAAGGCAGGAGUCGAGGCUGCCAAGAACGAAAGAGUUGCUGCCAUGGAAGAAACUGCAAAAGUUAAGGAAGAAAUUCAGAAAACGAAUUCUGAAACAGACUUGGCUGAGGACAAACUCCAAGCUGCAAUACAAGAGCUUAAGAAUGUUAAGUCAUCAGAAGGGAUAGCACUGGAAAAUCUAAGAGCUGUUGUAGAAAAGACAAUAAGAAAUAGAGCUUCUAAGAAGAGCUCCAAGAUAAUAAUCUCAACAUUUGAAUAUGAAUACUUAACAGGGCGUGCAGCUAUGGCAGAAGAAAUUGCAGAUAAGAAAGUUGCAGCAGCUGAGGCUUGGGUCAAAGCUUUGGAAGCAAGUGAAAAGGAAAUCUUAAUGAGAACAGAGAUGAUUCAGAAGGAAACACAAGAGCUUAAGGCAGAGGAAGAGCGUUCACUCUCUGCAACAGCUAUGGUCGAAAGAGAGCUGCAAAAGUGGGAAAACUCACAACGAAAAUCAAUGAGCACAAGCGGAAAGCUGACACCAGGCAGACGAUCAAAGUACCGAAAGUCUGCAUCUCCAGCAUUUAGGCUCACACAUAGAUCAACCUCCUUCACAGUUACAGGGAGAAGAAAGGUAUUGCCAAAAAUCGCCAAAUUUUUUGGUGGCAGGAGCUCUGAGAGUAACAUGUGACCAUAUAUUCUAAUCCUUGUGGGUAAAGAGAACAAAACAUUUCUCUUACAGACAACCCAGAAAAAAAAAAAAAAAAAAUAGCUUAUAUCUAAUGAAGUUCUUGUUUUCCAGAUUUGGCUCUGCUAAACUAGUAGAAUGAAGAAAAAAGUUUGCAGGAUU